CUUCCGGGAACAUGGCCGGCUAAACAACGACAAAAGACUCUCUCCUCAAAAUCAAGAAGAAACUUUUCGAAAUGCAAACUACUUGGCUUAACAAAAGUGUUUGGAUUCAGUGCGUGCAAUUAGGUCGUUUAUUUGGUUUACUUCUGCAUGCACGUUGUUUAAGGUGAUGUUUGAGUCGGACUAACUUGGCUAUCUUGCCAGCGAAGGUAGCCAACUUUUCACAUUCAGCAGAAUUAGCCUAACGUUAGCUAGCAAAUGCGAAGUGGCUUACAUGUCAACAUAGCUAGGAACAUAAGUAUUGCUAUUGGCUGCUACACUUGAAGCCCGCAACUGAUUUAUUAAGUUCCACGAUCGACACGUUGCAGUCCUGGCUUGUGUAACGUAGAUGCGUUUGUUAUUUUUAUCGGGGUGUCUCGCUGGUUGAUUGCUAUGUUUUCGCAGCUGCGUACAGCUGUCUAGCUUGAUUGACAUUCAUUUCAAUGGCUCACUGUAGUUCAGAUCCAAGUGGGAAGGUACCCCGUCCAGAUAGCUUAGUGUUGAUGGCAGGAUCUCCUGGAAGCGUUGAUCAGGCUAUGAAGCCGGUGUUGUUUGAAAUAUUUGGAGAGUUUUGGAACGUCCAGACCCGGCUAGGGCAAGGCGUCUCGGCCUCAGUAUACCGUGUGAGCUCGGGGAGGGCGAGUACGGCCGCGGUUAAGGAGUUCCAGGCUGACACUCAGAGUGGAGAUUACGGGUACCAAAAGGAGAGGUCCGUGCUGGAAGACGUACAAGGACACAAAAACAUCGUAACGCUGUACGGGGUGUUCACCAACCGCAGCCAGGUGGGUAUGGCCACGCACUGCCUGCUGCUUGAGCUGCUGGACGUCAGUGUGUCUGAGCUGCUUGUGAGGGCCAGUACCCAAGGCCGAGCCUGCAGCCCCCAGUGUGGUGGUUCCCAGAAGCAGGGCCAUUCAAUGUGGCUGGUGCAGCACUGUGCCAGGGACGUCCUGGAGGCCCUUGCCUUCCUCCAUAGAGAGGGCUAUGUCCAUGCCGACCUCAAGCCCCGCAAUGUGCUCUGGAGCGCGGACGAUGAGUGCUUCAAACUCAUCGACUUUGGCCUCAGCUUCAAAGAGGGCAACCAGGAUGUGAAAUACAUCCAGACAGAUGGGUACCGUGCCCCGGAGGCUGAGCGUCAAUACUCCCUGGCCCAGGCGGGGAUGGAGGUGGAUGGUGACUCUGGCUGCUCGGCCGCUGUGGACCUCUGGAGCUUGGCAAUCGUCCUGUUGGAGAUGUACUCAGGCAUCAAACUCAAAGACACCGUCAGGACACCCGAGUGGAAAGACAACAGUGCAGCAAUAGUUGACCAGAUCUUUGCCAGUAACAGUGUGGUGGUUCCUGCCAUCCCUGUCUAUCACCUCAGAGACCUUAUCAAAAGUAUGCUUCACAACAACCCCAAGCACAGAGGCACAGCCGAGAAGGCCCUGCUUAGCCCCUUCUUCAGCAUUCCUUUUGCUCCUCACAUAGAAGACUUGGUUCUGCUUCCCUCUCCUGUUCUGCGCCUGCUCAACCUGAUUGAUGACGGCCACCUGCACAAUGAGGAGGAGUAUGAAGACAUCUUGGAGGACAUGACGGAGGAGUGUCAGAAGUAUGGCUCUGUGGUCUCUUUGCUCAUCCCCAAGGAGAACCCAGGCAAAGGACAGGUGUUUGUAGAAUACGCUAACGCAGGCGACUCCAAAGAGGCCCAGAGACUGCUGACGGGACGGACCUUUGACGGGAAGUUUGUCGUUGCCACGUUCUACCCCCGGAGUGCUUACAAGAGAGGCUAUCUGUACCAGACCGUGCAGUGAACACACACACACACCGUCUGCUGAAGAGCACAGGCCUAGGCCUCAGUCAGUCACUGUCAUGAUGUGUAUAGUCAUAUCAGAUCACCACUCUGCUUUCUGCAGCCUCUAGAGCCAGAGUUAACCUAGUGUGUCCUGUAGCUUUACUGUAUGUAGCAACAGUCUGCGAAAGGAAAAUAUUGUAUAAUCCAAUCUUCCAUGUCCUGCUAUGGGGAUGUAUACUGCUGGAUGCUACGGUUGACGGAUUCAGAUGGGUCAUAUUAGCUGGCUUGACUUUUGAUAAUGGAUCCUCACUGGCCAAAACUGCACGCUGUCCCACUUUGCACACUGUGCUGAUGUCAAACCCUGAACAAAAUAAUUACUUGAUGUCCACCGAUCUUCAAGAGCACAAGUACAGUACCAAGUACCCUAUGGGUUUCGUAAACCCAGCAAGCAGUUUGGAUUGAAUAGGGCCCUAGUUUUGUCUGUACGCAACGGCUUGAAUAUCCUAUAUUUAUUAGUGUAAUUGAAACCGUUCCUGAUAGAUUGAUCUUGGGUCUCUCGUUAAAAGCUGAGCCACAAUUUCAUCUUGUCCAAAGUUACCUUCCCAUGACCUAUUUUUCUAUGAGAUGUUUGUUUUGAGACUUGAAUUCCAAAGGUACCACUCCAGAUCAUCAGUAGAAUCGCGCUGAGUUCUAGAACUUUCUGAGCCUAAACUCCAACCACUCAACGUCAGCACUUUUCUGUGGUACAUGGAAAAAUAUAAAUGUCUUUGUUAUUUAUGACAUUUUUUAAAAUCUGGUUUCUACCUAAUAUACUAUUAUUAUAUUUUGUCCAAGUUGACCCAUAUACUACUUAUACUCCAGAAUGGCUGCGCUGAUGUGAGUGGAAGUUUUUUUAAAUUUUCGAUAUGUUAUGAAAGGAAUGGGUUAUUUCCUUAGCACUGUACGAUACAAAGCAACAAGCUUACUUUACGUUCAGAACCCAUGGAUAGGGUUUUCACAGUUGAAUAUUUCAGUUGAAGAGCAUUCGAGCUGACCGUUUCAUAAAACAGUAGCCGACUGUCAGUUCUACCUGACGUCUGUGAGUUAGUCUACAUAACGAACCAAUGUGUGAGAGCUGUGCUAGUGUAGGUAUUUGUUGAUUAUGGUGAGAUUAUAGAUUAAUCCAAUACUGCAGAGUUUUGUAUCCUAUGUUGUGUGUGGGGGAUGUUGAAAUUAACUUAUCAGUUCAUUGCAUGCAACAUUGUUAUGUUGGGCAGUAUUUAUUCAGACAGUCUUCCCAUUGUCUGUCUGCUACUCACAUUCAGUCCAAUAACAUUGUGAAUCUUAAGCGUAAAUCAUAGUUCACAGACGCUGAGACUCGAUAGUCCGGGGUCCCAUCGUGACAUAGCUAUGCAGCUCUGAAACACCGUCUGUGGGGACGCACAGCCUGAGCGCUCACCACCCCACAAUUCCCAGCCAACACGGCUAUUCAUUUGAAUGUGUAGACAGUUGGAGAAAAAUGCUUGUGCUGCCCUGAUAAUUCUAAAAGUACGAAAGCCAAGGGUCCAAUAUUCUAGAACACUGCUGUGCAUACACGUACACAUUUUGGACUAUGAUGGACGCUUCAGGUUGGGCACAGAUGCUUCUGAAUGAGUUGGCUGGCAUUGAACAGGUUAAAGCUCCAUCCUGCCUGCCCAGCCCAUCCAGAUGUUUGAGAAAGAGACCAUAUAUUAACAUGAGCAGAAACAACAUUCUGGAUAUUCUGCAGUUUACACUUCCAGUCAACUGGCGCCAUGUGACAACUGUCGAGGCUGAUUGAGACAUUGUUGACAACAUCCUGCCUAAAUGUGAAAGCACUGACCAGGACUUAUGGGUGACCGGUCAUAACAUCGAUAUGUGAGGUUAUCCCAUACCAAAUGUAGUCUGCUGCCUUCUCUGUGUUAUCUAGUCUAACACUGUAAUGUUGCCAUUUAGUUUCAGCACACUGUCCCUUCAGUGUGUUAUUCAAAGUAGAUCCCAAUGAAAGCCUUCAUAGUUUCCUUCCUGAUCUCCACAACCAUGGCGCAUGAUGAUGACAUUUCUUUAUGCAAACAUUUUCAGGGCGCUUCUUUGUUUUUCGUUUACACUUUGGGUCAGUUAUCCUAAUACAGUGUCUGUUUCUUUACUUCUAUGUCUUCUGAUAUACUAAUAUGAAAACAUUCUAUGUAUCUGAUAAAGCUUUUAGAUUGCUGUAAUGGAUUUGUGGGCGAGGCGGUAUCUGGUGUUAGCCCAUAGCUAGCAAGAUUGACAAACUUCUGUAUGAUAUUUGUUGUAAUAGCAGCGAGUGUAAUAAGAGUAUUAGCAUGCAGGUGGCAGAGCAGGAUUCCUCUGGACAGUGAAUAUGCAGUCAAUACUGAUCACGGAAAACCAGUACAAUUACAUAGCUACAGACACUACAUGAGAAGGAGAGCGACAGUAACAGAGGGAGCUGUGCUGUAAGUCCGAGUACAUACAGUUGAAGUCGGAAGUUUACAUACACCUUAGCCAAAUCCAUUUAAACUCUGUUUUUCAACAUUUCUGACAUUUAAUCCUAGCAAAGAAAUUCCUGUCUUCGGUCAGUUAGGAUCACCACUUGAUUUUUAGAAUGUGAAAUGUCAGAAUAAUAGUUGAGAGAAUUACUUAUUUCAGAUUUUAUUUCUUUCAUCACAUUCCAAGUGGGUCAGAAGUUUACAUACACUCAAUUAGUAUUUGGUAGCACUGACUUUAAAUUGUUUAACUUGGGUCAAACGUUUCGGGUAGCCUUCCACAAGCUUCCCACAAUAAGUUGGGUGAAUUUUGUCCCAUUCCUCCUGACAGAGCUGGUGUAACUGAGUUAGGUUUGUAGGGCUCCUUGCUCGCACAUGCUUUUUCAGUUCUUCUCACACAUUUUCUAUAGGAUUUGAGGUCAGGGCUUUGCGAUGGCCACUCCAAUACUUUGACUGUGUUGUCCUUAAGCCAUUUUGCCACAACUUUGGAAGAAUGCUUGGGGGUCAUUGUCCAUUUGGAAGACCCAUUUGCGACCAAGCUUUAACUUCCUGACUGAUGUCUUGAGAUGUUGCUUCAAUAUAUCAACAUAAUUUUCCUCCCUCAUGAUGCCAUCUAUUUUGUGACAUGCACCAUUCCCUCUUGCAGCAAAGCACCCCUACAACAUGAUGCUGCCACCCCAGUGCUUCACGGUUCUUUGGCUUGCAAGCCUGCCCCUUUUUCCUUCAAACAUAACGAUGGUCAUCAUGGCCAAAAAGUUUUUUUUUCUUCAGACCAGAGGACAUUUCUCCAAAAAGUAUGAUCCUUGUCCCCCAUAUGCAGUUGCAAACCGUAGUCUGGCUUUUUUAAUGGUGGUUUUGGAGCAGUGGCUUCUUCCUUGCUGAGCGGCCUUUCAGGUUAUGUCGAUAUAGGACUCGUUUUACUGUGGGUAUAGAUGCUUUGUACCUGUUUCCUCCAGCAUCUUCACAGGGUCCUUUGCUGUUAUUCUGGGAUUGAUUUGCACUUUUCACACAAAAGUACGUACAUCUCUAGGAGACAGAACGCGUCUCCUUCCUGAGCAGUAUGACGGCUGCGUGGUCCCAUGGUAUACUUGUGUACUAUUGUUUUGUACAGAUGAACGUGGUACCUUCAAGCAUUUGGUAAUUUCUCCCAAAGAGGAUCCAGAUUUGUGGAGGUCUACAACUCUUUUUCUGAGGUCUUUGCUGAUUUUUCUUUUGAUUUUCCCAUGAUGUCAAGCAAAGAUGCACAGAGUUUGAAGGUAGGCCUUGAAAUAUAUCCACAGGUACACCUCCAAUUGACUCAAAUGAUGUCAAUUAGCCUAUCAGAAGCUUCUAAAGCCAUGACAUAAUUUUCUGGAAUUUUCCAAGCUGUUUAAAGGCAUAGUCAACUUAGUGUAUGUAAACUUCUAAUCUACUGGAAUUGUGAUGCAGUGAAUUAUAAAUGAAAUAAUCGGUCUGUUAACAAUUGUUGGAAAAAUGACUUGUGUCAUGCACAAAGUAGAUGUCCUAACAGUCUUGCCAAAAAUAUAGUUUGUUAACAAGAAAUUUGUGGAGUAGUUGAAAAACAUUUUUUUUUCAAUUGUUUAAGCACAAUUUUGAAAACAGGGCCCGGUUUGUCAAAACACUACACACAAUUAGCACAACCCUACCCCAAAGUAACACUUCAGAUCAUUUGCAAAAUGGAAUACUUUUGUCAAAACCCCGACUUCAUAAAAAUAAUAUUUUGUUACCGUACGAAACACACAUUUCAUGACUUCAGUCUUUUUGAACCAGUUACACUGCUGUUGCUAACCUAAAACACUUUUAGCAAGUCUAAUUGUCAGUGAGUAGAGUACUGUAAAUGAAGUACACAGAGAAAGUGCAACUAUACAAACACUACAGACUGAGGAAAAUAGCAUUUAUUUCUCUCCAUAUUCCCAAAUCAAAUCAUGGAGAAUCACAACAAAACAUGUCCCAGUUUUCAUGCUACUACAGUAGUGUGCAUAACACUUAGCUCGGCAAACAACAGACAAAUGUAAAAUACUGUAUUCAGUACAGGUUACAAUUACAGUAAAUAACAACCAACAUAAAAAAAUCAUCUAAAAACUGACAAAUUGUACAGAAAAUACUACAGUAAACAUACUAUACAUUAUCUCUUCGCCUAGCUGGAUCUGGCCGGAGAAUUUCAUCAACAUCACAAGCAAUAUCGUCAUUAGCAAGACAACGCGGGAAGAAACGUCUUGAAUGUCGAAUCCUUCCUUGCACAGCUGCGGUGUCGACUUGGUCACAGGCGUCCUCCAUGGCCUGAAUGAGGGGUACCCGAGCCUGGGAUCGUAAACCUUCCACCGCCAUGCAGAGAAACUCUUCGAUAUGGUUUAGAAACGGAGAGUAUGGUAGAAGGUAUCGUACUGUGGAUGGUGUUGAAACCAGUUCUGGACCAAAACAGCGGUGGAAUGACACAUUGUCCCAGAUGACCGUGUAUUGCAUCUGGUGCGUUUCAUUACCUGCUGUGCCGAUGUGGUGCAAUCGGUCCAAAAAUGCGAGGUGUGUUGUAAGGGACCGUUUUGGCAUGACAGAGGACAACCCCAUGCUGUGAAAUGGCAGCGCAAAGGGUGAUGUUACCUCCACGUUGCCCUGGGACAUUGAUUAUAGCCCUGUGGCCAAUGAUAUUUCUGCCUCUCCUUGCUUUUGUGAGGUUGAACCCUGCCUCAUCAAUAUAUAUGAAUUCAUGAAGGAUUUCCUCUGCGUCCAUCUGCAAAACUCCCUGAAAUACAGUGAAAGACAAGAUUGUGUAGUUCAGGAUAGGUCUAGUUUUCAGUCAAUGUAAAAAAAAAAGUAAUGUGUGCAGUAUGCAACAUCACAGUGCUAAAGUGAACAACACAGACCUCCACAUACUCAUGCCGCAGCUGUUUGGCCCUCUCUGAAUUCGCUCAAAAGGCACUCGAUAAAGUUGUUUCAUUUGAAGCUGAUGUCUUUUCAGGAUGUGUGCCCGUGUUGACUGAGAGACCUGAUGGACAUCAUUGAAAAUGGCAUGGUCACCGAUAAUGUUGGCUUGUAAUUCUCUGAGCCUGAGCAUUAUUGGUCAAAACCAUGUUUAUUAUCUCUCUUGUUCUGCGUGAAUAUGGGCCCCCUUCCUCCUUGUCGUUCCUGACCCUCAAUCCUAUCUAGAGAAUAAUACAUGUAACUUACUGUACAAUGUCACAGGAAGGGGUAUCACAAGUGCUGAUAGCCAGCAUACAAUAAGCGGCUGAUUGCUGGUAACUGUUGACAGAUCUUUAACCUGUUUUCCUGUCAAAGUCCUUAUGACAGAUGCCGCACUAUAUCUGCUAAGAUUUGGCUGAACUCUCAGUCCAGCCUCCCUCAGCUUCAAUCCGUGGUUCACAACAUGGUCCACUAGUGUUGCGCAAAUGUCAUUUGAUAAGUUUCGUCCUCUUCUUCUUUGUGCACGUUCUCCUCCUGCUUCAGGUCUUCCUCGACCUCUGCCUCUUCCUCUACUUCCUUCUCCUCCUCUGUGUACUCCUCCUCUCACCCUCACUCUUCUUCUGACUCCUUCCAUUUUGGUUGAAGACAGGUGAACCUACCUGCUGCAUUUUUAUAGUGCUUAAACCUGAUUGGUGUGUCUACAAUUCAGCAAUCAUGUGUUUGCACCUGAUGGCUGUGUAUAACAGAUUGGCUCAUAGGUGUGGUAAGUUGACACAAUGCUUUGGAAUUGCAAGGGAGUGACAUCAUGAUAUACUUCUGUGUCUGAUAUAUACACAAGGGUGUUUUAGUGUUUUGCAAAUCACUGUGUGUAAUGUUUUGCAAAUAGUGUGAAGCUGACAAUGUGCUUACAGUUAUGCAAAUCUAACCUUGUGUUUUGCUCCUUGAGUGUAAGGUUUUGCUAAUUGUGGGAAAAAUUCCAUUUUUUAGUGUGUAAGCAAUCGUAAAAAAACAAAUGACUCCAACCUAAGUGGAUGUAAACUUCCGACUUCAACUGUACCAUGCUGCUUUGAGCUCAAGACUUUCUUUCGGCCACAGACUAUUCUCAUAUCCCGGAGUUGUGUCGGUAAGACUAAAAAAGCUUCCUAGCUAAGUAGUACUGUACGCUCUUGAAUAAAAUAUCCCAGUUUACGGCCUAACUCUAUAUUGAGAGAAGGCAGAAUUAUUGUGGAACUUUCUUUUGGAAAGUUUUUUUGUGUUACUCUGAGAAGUUUAGAAUUGUCACUGAGCAUCCACCCGACCCCAAUCUAUUCAGUAAUGGAUGGAAGGAGUGACUGUUUGCAGACACCCGGGGCAAUCUGUGCUUGUCUGUCAGCCCUAUCUAUCACUGUUCUAUCCUGCUCCAGCUCUGACCUCUAACCCCCUGUCCUGAUAGGCUAGUCCAGCAGAGGACCAGAGCCUUGUUAAUAUGCAUAAAGCCCCUCUCCUUGGGAUUCUCAGAUUCUGCCUAAUGGAUAGAAUGGCAUGGUCCUCAUCCAUAUACACACAGGCAGCCUUAUAAAUACACUUGGCUUUGAUGAUGAGGGGUCAAGGGGAGGCCGGAGUGGGCUAGGGGUAUUAGGCAAAUGAGGGGGGAGGGAGGUCACUGGGUUAAUCUGUAUCAGUGGGGGGAGGCGAUAGCGUCCAAGCUGACACAACACUCCAUCUCUCUUGUUCUCACUCAUUAGAAGUUAUUGUUGACCCAAGUUACUGCAGUAACACACAAGUAGGUAUAAAGGUUAGAGAGUAGAGUGUGUUCUUUAUAUUAAUUUCUAGUGGUUUGAAUGGGGGGAGGCUUCCUGCAUCCUCCCAGCUGGUUGUUGAUUAGCAUUAUGUUUCAUUCCGGUUUAUUAGCGAGAAGUGCACUUAAGAUUAUAUAGGAACUCUGAACUCCACUGAAUUGAGCCCAACCAUGUUUUACAGCACUGAUUUAAAUGAAAGCGAAAUCUCAGUUUGAGCAAUAUAAUUUAGAACGCAGGCUCCAAAGACUACAGCACUGAUACCAAUGUGUUAUCAAUCAUGUCCCUUCCCCACUGAAAGACAAUCAUGAUGAUUAUCACUGUUGCCUUUUUUUUAUUUUAUUUUUAGCAUCCUUUUGUCUCCUUUGGGUUUUGUGAACGCCUACUCCAUUGAGCGGCUGGCAGCCUCCCUGUUACAAAGAACAACCAUGUCUCCAACAACUUGAUCUGACUUAAAUGUAAUGUGAAUAUCUCGCUCUGAGAAUCCCUCCACUCACACUAACUGAUCUGUCAAAUCUGCAUUAUUAAAGGCACAUAUUAUGAGUGAGACGUGUGUGUGUGUGUGUGUGUGUGACCAUGUAUUGCCUCACAGAACUCUGUUAUUCUGAGAUUGAUUAUACAUGUUCAUAUUGUCGUUUGCAUUAUCUCACAAUAAAGAACGCUUGACUUGACUAUC